AUGGCCGCAUCGACUUCCCAAGGACCGAUGAUCUCCGAGACCAAUAGCACAGGCAAGACUCCUGCUCCACCGCCGUCCCCUUCCCAUCCCCAAACACUGGCCGUGCCGGGACAGAACUUGGAGGCAGAAGAGAACUACAAGCCGAAGACAUUCAAGUUCUGGUCUGUUAUCAUCAGCGCCUUCCUAUGUUUGUUUCUCAUAUCUCUGGAUCGAACAAUCAUCGGUACCGCGACACCCAGCAUCACACAAGACUUCCAAGGGGUAGGAGACAUCGGAUGGUAUGGAUCUGCGUACCUGUUGACCACGGCGGCAACGCAAUUUAUCUUCAGCAAAUUUUACAAAUCUUAUGACAUCAAAUGGACUUUCCUUGUGUCUGUCUUCUUUUUCGAAGCCGGGUCUGCACUUUGCGGCGCGGCGCCGAACUCCGUACUCUUUAUCCUCGGUCGUGCGAUUGCCGGUGUCGGCGGAGCCGGGAUAUUCUCUGGGGUUACUAUUAUUUUAUUCCAUAUGAUUCCAUUGAGGAAGCAGCCUAUUUUCCAAGGCAUCUUUGGAGCCGUAUUUGGCAUCUCCUCGGUUAUCGGGCCAAUCGUCGGAGGGGCAUUUACCACUCAUGUAUCAUGGAGGAAAGUCAUCAUCCAACUGUGGUGUUUCUACAUUAAUCUUCCAAUUGGAGGUGUUGCUGUUGUUUGCCUGGUAUUCUUUCUUCACCCCAAGAAGAUCGAAAAGCAAACAGCGACUCUUUGGGAGCAGUUUCUUCGUCUGGACCCUCUCGGCUCCCUUUUCUUCAUACCAAGUGUUGUCAGCUUGCUCAUUGCACUGGAAUGGGGUGGCUCGACUUGGCCAUGGAAUAGUUGGCGUAUCAUUGUUCUUCUAGUGGUGUUUGGAGUUCUAUUCAUAGCUUUCGUGGCAGUUCAGGUUCGAUGGCCCGAUAAUGCUACUGUACCGUGGAGAAUCAUCUCCCAGCGCAGUAUUCUUGCGGCCUCUAUCUUUAUGUUCUCGAUAUCAGGUGCCAUGUUUAUCGCCAUAUUUUAUCUUCCUCUUUGGUUCCAAGUCAUAUUGGCCGCCAGUGCCAUUGAGUCUGGUGUAUACACACUGCCCUUAGUUCUCAGUCUCGUCGUUUCAGCCAAUAUUUCGGGCAUUUUGAUCAAAAAGACGGGGUACUAUGUACCAGCAAUGAUCAUAUGCCCCAGCCUUAUGGCGAUCGGUCUUGGACUAAUAACUACCUUCAAAGUAAACGAAUCAUCCUCAAAGUGGAUAGGCUAUCAAUUCAUUACAGGCUUUGGUCUGGGUUUUGGAAUUCAAGCUUCCAAUCUCGCUACCCGGGCUGUUCUUCCUAUGCCUGAUGUUCCUACGGGACUUGCGAUCAUAUUUUUCUUCCAGCAGCUAGGUGGUGCCAUCUUCACAUCAGUCGGUCAAAGUUUGCUCAGUACAUUCCUAGUCGAGAAACUAGCUGACAUUCCUAAUAUUGACCCUGCAGAGUUAACUAAUCAAGGCGCUGUUGAGGUUAUCUCAUCCUUACCACCACAGUACCAAGCCCAAGUUAAGGAGGUCUACAACUUUGCCAUUAACAGAAUUUUCAAGAGCGCUUAUGGCGUCUCUAUAGUUGCAGUAGUUGCAGCUCUCUGUAUGGAGUGGAAGAAUGUAAAUACUGUGAAGCCUUCAGAUACUACGGGUACUAGUCCAAGGCCAGUCUCUCCGGCUGAAACUAUAGUUGAGGAGGGCAAAUUGCCAGAGGUGCUUCCUGUAACGACUAAAGAUUAAGGAGAGCUUGAGACUAAGGCGAAGAUAUGAAGAGAUAAAAGGAUACGAGGAAUGGUUUGGGAGUCUUAAGGGCUCAAACGGUAGGAAUGGGCAGGCAGCUGUAGUUGGUUGGCGCAGUAUGGGGC